AUGUCCCAGGACAGGCUUUGCAGUCUUGCCAUGCUGUCCAAUGAAAGUCAGUUAGCUAGAAAGCUGGACUUCGAAUACUUGAUCAGUGAUAUUUCUAGCAAGAAGGCUCGGCGCUGGGCUCUUGCAUUCCAGGUGAAGCUGGUGGAGAACAACAUCUUCAAGAGGGCCAGGACGAAGGGGAGGCUGCCUCUGCUGCAGACAGAACUCCUCCUGUCUGGUAUCAAGGCAGUUCGUCCAGGGGUAGAGGUCGUCUACUCCACCUGCUCCCUGUCCCAGCUGCAGAACCAGUGCAUGGUGGAGCAGGCCAUGCACCUGGCCCGGGAGGAACAUGGCAUCAGCCUGCAGGUAGCCGACCUUCGACUCCUCACACGCCUAUUUAAGGACACCUUCCAAUUGGCCCCAGACCUCCACCUGGGACAGCUGGUCCUGCCCCACCUCACCACUAACUUUGGGCCCAUCUACAUGUGCAAGCUGCAGAGGUUGAACUAG